AUCACAAUGAAGUAAACAAAGUGCAAGUAAUGACAUUUUGUGCACAACAUAAACUAUUCUCUGACAACGUUUUACCACGAUAAAAAUUGUUAUUUGUAAUAAUCACUUUCAUCUGAUUUUCAUCGAUAUAUAUAAGAAAUUACCACAACGCGAAAGUUUCGAGAGUAUCAGGAUAAAAAGUUACGCAAGCGUCAAGGAAGUGGUCAGGGUGCACUACUGUAGCUCAAGUAUUCAAGGAAAGGAGAAGAUGUCUGAUUACGUUCGUAUAGCUGGAGCAGUAUUGCUGCCUCAUGUUGGUGGAAUCCUCGGAGGAUUUGUCACCAAAAACAAUAUCCCUACUUGGUUUGAGCAUCUGAAGUUCCCUACUUGGCGCCCCCCAAACUGGGUGUUUGGACCAAUGUGGACAACACUGUACACAGGGAUGGGAGCAGCAUCUUACCUGGUGUGGAGGGACGGGGGAGGCUUUGCUGGUGAUGCAGCCAUGCCUUUAGCACUGUAUGGAACACAGCUUGCACUCAACUGGGCCUGGACUCCUCUCUUCUUUGGAUGCCACAAGCUUGGUUUGGCACUGGUUGAGAUGGGAUUUCUGUGGGGUGGCAUUGCCGCAACCACUUACGCCUUCUUUCCCAUCAAUAGAACCGCCUCCUACUUAAUGCUGCCUUAUUUGGCCUGGGUGACCUUUGCUGCAUCCUUGAACUUCAGUUUAUGGAAGCUUAAUAAAGACAGAAAGGAUUAAGAUUGUAUGGAAAACAAAAAAAGAAGACCAACAUUUUACUGUAAAGGAAUACAUUGUGGACACUGGAAGAGCUUCAUACUUAGAUGUGAGAAGGCUUUGAUGUGCAAAAGCAAAAAAUAUUUCCAAAAUGUGGAAAAAAUAGUACAUGAUGUUCAGCAGAAUAUUUCGAAUGUUGCUUUUUUGACCGAACAAUGUGAGAGGAACAUGUUCCUAACCUAUUUUAUAGGAAAACCGGAAAGAUAUUAAAGUUAUUUUAUGCACAUCUACAAGAGAACAAUUUUUGAAAAAUAUGAUAUAGUCAGUGGUGCGAUAGAUAUAUAUGUAUGUGUUCAUAUGCAUCUUGAUAUGUUAUAAUGUUCAUCUUUACUUGCUAUCUAAUUUCCUGUACAAGUGAUUGUCAUAUUUGUCUUGAUAAUUUAUACCAGUUUUCUUUUUUUGUAAAUUUUUAAUCUCCAUAUUUCAUAUAGCUAGUCUAGUCUUUUGUUUAAUGCAUUUAGAACCUACAUCUAUUUAUAUAAAAGUGGGACAUUCUGUAUGAUAUUAAUAUAUAAUGCAUUUAUUUUACAACAACUAUGGAACAAGUUUUUUCAGCGUUAAUUAAUUCUUCUUGUUUGCCCGAUUGGAAGUGUGCAGGGGUUUUUAAUGUAGGAGGACACUGGAGUCGGGUAGGUGACCUAUACAUUUUCUUGUCAGUUCAGGGAGUUGAACCCUGGCUGUCUUGGUGAAAGACAAGUGUGUUAUCCUAUGUGCAACCUUGUCACAUUAUGUAAGGAUAUACACUAAGGGGUUUCCGUACAGCAGGGGGUGUUAACAUUGGAGGGGUUUCCGUACAGCAGGACAUGUUUACAUAGUAGGGGUUUCUGUACAGCAGGGGGUGUUUACAAAGUAGGGGUUUCCGUACAGCAGGGGGCGUUUACAUAGUAGGGGUUUCCGUACAGUAGGGGGUGUUUACAUAGUAGGGGUUUCCGUACAGCAGGGGGUGUUUACAUAGCAAGGGUUUCCGUACAGCAGGGGGUGUUUACAUAGGUGGGGUUUCUAUUACACUAGGAGGUAUCUCUAUAAUGAAGUUCCUUGCACCAGAUGUCCCUUAGUGUGUUCUGCAUUUCCUUACAUUUGGGGACAUCCCUAGCAUAAGGACAUAUACAUGUUUCCUUAUAACUAGGGGGUAUCCCUAUUGUUCAAGACUCCUUGUUUUAGGGGUUUGUAGGAGAUUCCUUGUUUCAGGGGUUCUUCUUGUAGUAGGGUGUUUCUUUAUAACAGGGGUAUCUCUGUUGUAGGAGAUUACUCGUUUCAGGAGGUAUUCUUGUACAAUAUAUGAGAGCGUUUCCUUGCAACAGGUGCUUUUCAUAUUGUAGGCAAUUCCAUAUUUCAGGAAACAUUCUUGUAGCUGGGUGUUUCUCUGCAGCAGGGGGUUUCUCUUUUGUAGGAGAUUCCUUGUUGUAGGCGAUAGAUACUCUUGUAGCUUGUUUUUUUUCAACCAUGGGUAUCCCUUUUAGGAGAUUCCUUUCUUUUAUAAUUUUAUUCUUGUUGUUAGGGGUUACCAUGUGACAAUUGGUGUCUAUUAAAUAAAGGAGUACACUGCAUCAAGUGGUUUCCUUAUAAUAGAAAACUUCCCUAUGGUAGGUUUCUCCUACAGAGCCAGCCCCUCCUCACUUCAAAGGCAAAAUGUUAAGAGAUCAUAAAGAUGCUAUAGUCAUUAUGCUAGUUUUCCUGUGAAAUUUGCAUUAAUGAAUUAAGCUAGCAAAUUUGUAUCUAGUUUUGAUGCUUAUUUUUAUAUCAAAUUAUUUUUUUGGUCUUUUUCUAGACAUUUUCUUUACCUCACAUAUGUAACACCAUCGUAUUAAUUUGAAUUUAAGUUUUUGCUUGAGAAGAAUGAAAGUGCAAAGUGCAAAAUUUACUGUAGUAUUUUAUUGUGAGAUCCCAUAGCUGUUUUCAUUCUACCUAGUCUAUAUCUGAUUUACCACAUGUUACAGUACUAGAUCUACAUAUUAUACAGGUGGUCUUUAUUCAAUGUUAUUGUGAUAUAUACUUCAAUAAAAAUAUAACGGAGUA